UCGCGCAUCGGCCACCUCCGCUUCACCUUCCCCGUCGAUACAUCACCAUACAUCCUCCUCGAGGCGACGCGCGCCGCCUGCCCCAACUGCAGCUGGCCGACUUGCCCCAUUGGCUCCAUCUCUGCAUACCCGCUGGGAACCUGCGCGUCUGCGCUACCAGAGAUUUGCGGCCGUAAACCCGAGCGGCAAGACAGGAUCCUCGGCCCGAGCCCCGCGCCAUCGUUUGCGGUGCAGAACGGGAGCAUCUCGGAGGAUGCGGAGAGUGGUGAAGGUUCACUGUUGUCAGCGUAUGUGCGCUUUGCGAAUGGCACGACGGUUGUGGACGUAAGGGUAGGCGUUUCAUUCAUUAGCGAGGAAAACGCGCGCGCGAGCUUGGAGAGGGAGGUUCCGGAUGGGACGAGCCUCGUGGAGGCGGCGAGGAGGACGCGGGAGGCGUGGGUGGAGAAACUGGGUAGGGUGAAGGUCGAGGGCACGAAAGACGACCAGAGGGCAGUGUUCUAUACAGACAGCGUGCACGAGGGCGGUUCGUACACUGGCUACUCGAUAUGGGAUACGUACCGCGCCGAAUGGGCAUGGCAGAUCCUGCUUGCUCCUGAACGAAUUCCGGGAAUGGUCAGGAGCAUGCUCCAGGAUUAUCAGCAGAGUGGCUGGCUGCCGAUGUGGAAGAACAUCGUGGAGACGAAUAUCAUGGUCGGUCAGCGAUUGGAGUCUACACGGACAUACGGACCGAUAUCUAGCAGGUGGCCACGCAUGCCGACUCGCUCGUUACUGAGGCUGUCAUCAAGAGCAUCAAGUGGCUUCGAUGUGGAUCUGGCAUAUGAGGCGGUAUAUAAAGAUGCGACUGCUCCGCCUGUUGACGACUGGACAAUCUCUUACUAUGAUCGCGAAGAGGGAGUCGGAUAUGAAGUACAUGCGGGCUUGUCUUCUGUAUACGAAGAGAAGGGUUGGCCACUCUGCUUCCUUCUCAUUGCUAUAUUCACGAGAGAUCACGCAGACGACGACUACGCCGUCUCGGCCCUCGCUGAACACCUCGGCCACACCGAGAACGCAACCUUCUUCCGCAAUCGCGCGCUCACUGCUCCAUUCGCCAUCUUCAACUCUGACACAGGCUUCAUGGAGGCUCGCGACGCGAAUGACUCGUGGGCAGGCCAGGAUCAGGGAUGGACGGAGGGUGAUAUGAGGGCGUAUACGUUUGAUGUGAUACAGGAUAUCCCUGGGUUGAUUGAGUGUCGUGGGGAGAAUGCAUCUUUCGUGGCAUUUUUGGACGAGCAUUUCGAUGGAGGGCAUAAUGAUCAUACGAAUGAGCUAUCACAUCACAUUCCACACCUGUAUGCACUCGCAGGUGCUGCGUCAAAAUCACAGGAACGUAGUCGCGAAGUGGCCGAAGCGAACUAUAACUCAUCCGUGAAUGGGCUAUCUGGUAACGAAGAUUGCGGACAGAUGAGCGCGUGGUAUAUCUUCUCUGCGUUGGCCUUCUAUCCGGUGGACCCCGUAUCGGCAGAAUAUGUUGUCGGCACGCCAUUUUAUGACAAGGUAACGAUCGACCUCCCUGCCUCAAAUCGCCCGCUCAUCAUCACCUCCAAGGGCGCGCCAUCGAUGCCGUACAUCAAGUCGCUCACCCUCAAUGGUGAAUCGGUAGAGGUGCCGAUCAUCAGACACGAGCAGAUUGUUUCGGGCGGAGAGAUCGUGUUUGAGAUGAGUGCGGAGCCUCAGGCGUGGGCGUCGGCGACGUUGGUGGGUGGCGAGAGCGCCUCUGCCGAGGCUGAUGCAUUCACUAAUUAA